CGUUACAACCUUAACCUUAUUUUUACAGCUGGCUCUGCGUAUGCAAUUUCAAAAGAUUUUUUUUUAAGAACAAAUUACAUAAAUUCUUUAAUAUUUUCGUGUGACUACUUUGAUAAAUGUUUUUUGAAACUCUGAAUUACCUGUGAAGAUAAUAAUUUUCUCUGUAAAAUGAAGAGUGAAGUGAAAAAUUGUAGUUUGCCUCUUCCGGAGGUAGCAGAAAUGAUCUACGACAUCAUUACAAGGAAGAUCGAUAGCUCGUACGAGGUGACGACGAGAAGUGUAAAGGUGUUCAAGAACAUCAUUGCGGCUAGUGAAUGGAAAACAGCCGAUGAACUGAUGAAGAUUGUCCGGGACCAAGGUAGAAUCAUGAUGGAGGCUCUACCUCAGGAAAAUGUCACGGCUAACAUGUGCAGGAGAGUGCUGAAGCUGAUCCGGGAGGAAUUUGAUUCGGCACAGUUGGUCCGGAAUGACGAAUCUCAGGCAUCUCUGUCACUGCACAAACUCGUGACGCAGACAAGCGAAAGCUCCUCAGCCAUGGACUACACGAAGCCCAAGGAGGGUCUCAGAGGAUCUCUGCUGAAUCAUCUGCAAGAGAUUGAGAUGGAAAUGGAGACAACGAAGGAGAAUCUGGCAGAACAGGCGGCUGAACAUAUUCACUCCUCGGAGCUCAUUCUAACUCUUGGACACUCUCGAAGUGUUGAGAGCUUCCUCAAAAGAGCCGCCAAAAGGAGGGUAUUCGAGGUGGUGGUAGCUGAAUGUGCUCCUUCCUGUCGGGGCCAUGCUCUUGCAGCGAGUUUGGCGAAAGCAAAAAUUGAGACGACGGUAAUUCCGGAUUCUGCAAUUUUUGCAAUGAUGUCACGCGUGAACAAGGUGAUCAUUGGAACGCAUAGUGUACUGGCCAAUGGUGGUCUGAGGGCUGCUUGUGGAUCAUACACAGUGGCUCUGGCCGCUAAGCAGUUCUCCGUCCCGGUUAUCGUUCUCGUGCCCAUGUACAAGUUUUCACCAGUCCAUCUGUGCAGCUAUGAAAUGGAUGCUUUCAAUAUGGUUGGCACGACUGAAGGUGUAAUUCCCUACAAGAUGCGUGAUGCUAGGAACGUCAGAUGCUACAAUCCUGUCUUUGACUACGUGCCUCCGGAAUUUGUUACUCUUUUCAUAUCAAAUCUCGGAGGAAAUGCACCAUCGUACGUUUACAGAUUGCUGAGUGAGCUCUACCAUCCGGAAGACUAUACACUGUAAAUCUUCGGCAAUAAAGGUGUCUGCAAGAAGAUAAGAGAUAA